CCGGAUACCCGUGCGCGCUCAUUGGGUCUCCAACCUCCUCAGCAGAAUGCCGUCUCAGCCCGACAGAUGGACUUGUUUAUUUUUUUCGCUAAUUUGGCUCCAAGUAAGCCUACUGAACGCCGCGCUGGACUUCCUGCAGACGGCAGUGCCACUGCCCCUGGUGCGUCAUCGGCAGCUGGAGGAUGAUGAGCGGACCAUGGCGGGAGAGUGCACCCUGGGCGCACUAAGCAUACGAAUGUUUGCCUUCUGAGAACGGAAACACGGUUUAUUAACCUCCAUACAAAUUAGGUGACAUUUGGCACACAAGGUGAUAAGAAUUAGACGACCUAUAUUACUAAGUGCAUAUUUAUUACGACUUGUA